AUGGCCGCCUCCUCGUCCUGGAUCCUCCUGCUCCUGGCCGCCACCUUCACAGCCAGCGCCAGCGCGGCGACCUUCACCAUCAAGAACAACUGCGGGUUCACGGUGUGGCCGGCGGCGACGCCCGUGGGCGGGGGCACGCAGCUGAACCCGGGCGGGACGUGGACCAUCAACGUCCCCGCCGGCACCAGCUCGGGCCGCGUGUGGGGCCGCACGGGCUGCUCCUUCAACGGCAACAGCGGGAGCUGCCAGACGGGCGACUGCGGCGGCGCGCUCGCCUGCACCUUGUCCGGGAAGCCUCCCAUGACGCUGGCCGAGUUCACGAUCGGUGGCAGCCAGGACUUCUAUGACAUCUCGGUCAUCGACGGCUUCAACAUCGGCAUGGCCUUCUCCUGCAGCACCGGCGUGGGGCUGGUGUGCAGGGACUCGAGCUGCCCCGACGCGUACCACCAGCCUAACGACAUGAAGACCCAUGCGUGUGGCGGUAACAGCAACUACCAGGUCACCUUCUGCCCGUGA